UUUAUAUGUGAACGAGGUAAGGGCGCUGUAGCAGGGAAGUCCAAGGGGUUACGAGGCUUAUUGUUCCGAAUAUAACGAACUGCGUCCGUACGGGAGGAGGGAAGCAGUUUGCGUAGAAAGCGGAGGAAAUUAAUGGCAUUCACGCGGAGCAUUCUGCUAGUGCCAGCGCUAUUGUCAAAACACUCUCUGUCUGCAUCUCCUCCACAAGCACCAUGCUGUGCCCUCAUCGUAAAGGGAUUGAAAUACACUUCAUCAGGAGUCGCGCAGUCGCAAAAUGGAGUCCACACAACUCUUCGUCAACGAAAUUCCAGGCCUUGUAUAUUCUUGACGACAUACUGCUCUGUCGCCUGAAAACGCAUCUUCAUUGGUGUUAAGCUUGCAGGUAUUUUGUUUCUUUCUCUUGCGCUGUCACGAAGUUUUCAGCUGUAGUUGACUGUCUCGCAGUUGGAGAUGGUUUAAUUCCGUAUUAUAAUAAUCACUGCGCACCCUACUAGUAUGUGCAGCGUACACCAUCUCACACAGGUUGUAGUUGAACGAAAAACCACUUCCCCAGACGCGUUGCGGCGAUGGAUUAAGCCAACGUCAGUAACGAGUAGGAGCGUAAAGG